GGGGGGCAUAGGGCGCCCCCAGCCAGCCAGGAGCGCGUUAAUGAGCCGCUAACGAGGAGCGAUGUCCCGCGGUCAUGGCGCACCCAGAGGCUCUGUCACUGCUGAUGAAGCCACGUGAGGCGUUGCCGGGGUUGUGUGGCUGUGAUCCUUUGGGAGGUUGUGAUGCUGAGGGUAUGAUGGCGUUGCUGUGAUUGGGUGAUCCCAUGGGGGUGUGAUGCCGUAGGUGUGAUUGGGUGAUGCUGAGGGUGCGAUGCUGUGGGUGUGAUGCCGUGGGUGUGGUUGGGUGAUCCCGUGGGGCUGUGAUGCUGUGAGUGUACUACUGAGGGUGUGAUUCCGUGGGUGUGAGUGUGUGAUGCCUGUUGCGCGUCUCCCGGGGUGCCCGGUUCGAGGCCUCGGGGGUUCCCGGAGCCUAACGAUGACCGCUUGGGCCCCCACCGUGUCUCCUUCCCAGGCCUGGCAUGAUGAGCGCGCAUCCCCUCGCGGGUCCCUGACUCCUGCCAUGAUCCCUCGGGCUGCCCUGCAGCCCGCGCUACCGCCGACGUGAGGAGCAACCCCCGUGACCGCCCCCCCCUCCCCCCGCGGGAUCCACCCCUCGCCAUCGAGGAGUGAGCCUCCAACCAUGGCCUCGUCCCCUCCGCUCCACCUGCCACUGCUGCUCCUGCUGCUGGUGCCGCCGGCCUGCCGCUCCGACUGCUGGUUCCUGGAGGGCGAUCGCGAGUUCGUGUGGCAGGCGAUCUGCAGCCAGAACCAGCCACCCUACGAGUCGAUCCCGCCACACAUCAACAGCACGGUCAUGGACAUCAAGCUGAACAACAACAAGAUCCGCUCCGUGCAGCACGCAUCACUCCGGCGCUUCGUGAACCUCACGAACCUCGACCUCACGCACAACGCCAUCGAGUCGAUCGAGGACGGAGCCUUCUCGGCACAGAGGAACCUCCGGGUGCUCCGCCUGAGCCACAACCUCGUGGCACGCCUCGACGAGGGCCUCCUGCGAGGCCUCGCCGGCCUCGAGAGCCUCUACCUGCAGUCAAACCGCAUCGAAGUGGUGACCGCCACGGCCCUAAGGCCCUGCCCCCAGCUGGGCAUCCUCGACCUCUCGGACAACCGCCUCGCCUGGCUGGACGAGCACGUUUUCGACGGGUCGCCCACGCUGCGCUUGCUCAACCUGUCGGGCAACCCCUUCCACUGCGGCUGCACCCUGCUGCCCUUCCUGCGCUGGCUCCACUUCCAGCAGCCCCUGUGGGAGCCGCGCGCCACCUGCGAGCCGGGCCUCCUGCCGCUGCUGGGCGGCAACGACCGGCAGCAGCGCGGCGCGUACGAGCAGCUCACGCAAAACUGCUCGGCCGACUCGCAGCGCAGGCCCACGCUGUCGCCGCUGCCGGCCACGGUGCUGGCGGUGGACGACUGCGGCGGAGGAGGCGACGGUUGCGGUUCGGCAGUGGGGCCAGAGUUCACGCCGGCUCCCGAGCCGCACGUGCACGUCCAGUACACGGUCGAGGGCGCCCUGCCCAGGAUGAGCGUCCAGUCGGUGGGGCCUACGUCCGCCGUGGUCAACAUCCACAUCCCGCGGGUGGGCAGCAGGAUGUACAUGCUGGUGCGCGGCAACGGCACCGCCUCCGAGGUGGUCAAGCACCUGCCCCUGACGGACGAGACGGUGAGCCUCAAGGACCUGCAGCCGGGCACCACCUACCUGUUCUGCGUGGCGUACAUGAAGGGCGGGCGGCGCGAGCACAUCAAGUGCGCCGAGGUGGAGACGCGCCCGCGCGGCUGGUGGGACGCGGCCGCCUCCUCGGCGGUGCGCCACUACGUGAUGACCACCCUCUACUGCCUCAUCGGCAUGGCGUUCGUGCUGGGUGCCGUCUACUGCUGCCUGCGGCGGCGGCGGCGUCACGAGGAGCGGCAGCAGCAGCAGCAGAGCAAGUCGGCCACGCUCAAGAAGACGCUCGCCGACAUGCGCCAGGGCUCGCAGCUGCCCACCAAGUCGGAGAGCGGCACGCCGACGCGCCCGCCGCCCGUCGUCGCCGCGGGCGCCCCGCCCGAGCCGGACGACGCGAAGGCGGCGGAGGCGGGCGACACGCCCCGCACCGCCAAGGGCAACUACCUGGAGGUGCGCACGGGCGAGGGCACCGGCGACCCCGCCGAGGGCCGCGACGGCGGCGGCACAGGCAAGCGGCGGGGGGCGGAGGAGAGGCGCGACUCCGUGACGGAGAUCGCCACCAUCGCCAAGGAGGUGGACAAGGUCAAUCGCAUCAUCAACAACUGCAUCGACGCGCUCAAGUCCGAGGCGGGGCGCCACCGCUCCUCCGGUGGGCCUGGAGCCCCCCGCCGGGCCACCCGCACCGGGCGCGUCGCGGGGGGGCGAGGAACGGGUCGCCCCGGGACCCCCUCCGACCGCCGCCAUCGCUGUCUCGUCCUCCUCCUCCUACAGGGACACCUAUGGCCCCGUGCCACAAAAGAGCUUCCUGCCCGAGCAUUCGCCGCGCCGCCCCGGGCCCCACCCCGUGGGGGGGCGCCCGCACUGCGGCGGCGAUCCCGUGUACGGGGCUCCCCAGGGUGGCGGCGGGGAGCCGAGGGGCGCGGGGGGGGCGGCGGGGGGGGCGGCGGGGGGGGCCCACGACAGGGGCCCCCGAGGCGGCCGCGCCCCCGUGCAGCGAGGGGCUCCGUGACGUCCACCGUGUCCACGCGCCUGGAGGCCCAGGGCCCCGACGGCCACCGCCACUCCUACCCGGGGCCCGUGCAGCAGCAGCAGCAGCCACCCCCGUACACCCAGCACCAGCAGCUGCAGCAGCAGCAACUGCAGCAGCAGCAGCUGCAGCUCCAGCAGCAGCAGAAACUGCAGCAGCAGCUGGCGCUCCGGCAUGGCACGCUGGGGCUGCGCUCCCCGAGCCUCGUGCCGGGAGUGCCGCUCCCCCGCGCGCCCGUCAUGAGCGCCCUCGGUUGCGCCGUCCCCGUGCCCCCCACGGUGGCGCUCCCCUUGCAGCAGCAGCAGAAUCUGCAGCAGCAACAGCAGCUGCAGCAGCAGCAGCAGCAGCUGCAGCAGUAUCAUCACCAGCAGCAGCAGCCGCAGCAACAGGCCAGGAGCGGCUACUGUCAGCUGUCCCCACGCUCACAGCGCUCGGGGUACUACUCCAGCCCCGAGUACUCGGCUAAGAGCGUGCAGAAGAUCUGGGUCCGAUUCAAGCCGCAACAACAGCAGCAGCAACAGCAGCAGCAGCAGCCACAGCAGCACAAGAAGGUGGAGGAGGAGCAUAUGGCGGCGGGACACGCGCUCAAGAUGAAGGUUCAGCUCGCCACGGAUGAGGACCUCCAUGACAUCCUGGACUUCUGGAAAGGCGUCUCAGCGCAACAGAAGCCAUGAGGGCUCGCUCGGCGCGUGGGGUUUGGGGGGGGGGGAUUUGUGGAGGGAGUGGGGGGCCACAGAGCCAGGGGGUUCCGUGUUCCGUGGUGGGAGCCCUGGAGUGGACCUCCACCCCCCCCCCUCCGUUUUUUGGUGAUCAUCAAUCGGGACCCCCCCCCCACCACCACUCCCCCCGCGUGAGUGAUUGGAGUUGCUUGUUUAAGCGCGGGUGGGAGGGGGGGGGCACUGAGAUUAAUUGCCCCCCCCCCCUCUACCACCGGAGAAGCGGGGAGACCUGGGUCAUGGAAGGGGUCACCGCUUUUGUUAUUCGCAGAAGCCGCGGGCACCGUCGGCGAUUCCGAGGCGCGAGUUCGCUCCGACCUUGAACCCGGGGCUCAUAACGGCUGACGCCUGCCGGUGCCUCGACGCGGGGUGUUUACAUCAACUCGCGAAGGGGGUCGGGUCAACCCCCGGGUUCCCUCUACCCCCCCCCCCCCCCUCCAACGCUGUCCCCAAGCCAACGACCCCCCACCCCCAUCCCCCGCGUGGCUGCUCGCUCCUCACUGUUGCAUGAAGCGUGGAUUUGCGUUGAUAGCGGCAGCCGCGAAUUUCCCCCCUCCCGCCCGCACCCCCGGGCUAUCCUGCUGACCCCCGCUGCCCCUCCCCUUGACCUCUCCCCUUGACCUCUCCCCGCCCCGCCCCUCAGUUUUGGGCCUCGCGUUGGAAGCUGCGAUUGAUGCUGCUGCCUUUCGACGGUUGUGGCCGGGGCCUGAAUGACGCACAGGCGCCAGGCCCCACCCCACCCCGACCCCCACCCACCGUAUUUUAUGGGAUUAGUUUGUACGGCCGCUAAUUUUGGGCAAAGGGUAGAGAGGCAACGGCAAGCCGGUGGCUCUUCCAUCACGUUUCGGCGGAGGGGGGAAGAAAUAAAAACCUCGUUCCGCCUUCGCACAAAUUACGACCCCUUCGGAUCCAAUUGCCCAGGCUGGGCAGGCGGGCAGGGAGAGUUUCCCGUCGAUUUUUUGCGGGAAAGAUGCCCCCCACCACCCCCCACCACCCCCCCCCCCGCCCGCCCCCCUGCGAGCAAAUGAAUCACGCGUGCCCCUCACUCGGGUCCCGCGCUUCCUUCAAGAUUUUAACAGCAAAGGGAAGUAGCUUUGUGACGUUGCGUUGACGUCAUCAAUCGAUUACGUAUCCCCUCCAAGGCCACCCACCCCCCCGGUAUAGCAUCGAUAAUUUAUUCCUCCGUUCAUACCUUUUACGAUGAGGUCCCGAGCUUGAUUAUUCACGCCUGUUGUUGUGACGUCACUCAUGAUUAUUUAUUGCCGCGUUCAACCCUUGUUACGAUGACGUCACACAUCGAUUAUUUAUUACAUCUUCAGCCUUUCUUGGUAACGGCCUCGUAAGUCGACGAUUUAUGAUCGUGUUCAAACCUAUUGCGACGACGUCAUAGGUAUAUUAUUGCCGUGUUCAACUUUGUUGCUAUGACGUCAUACGCCGAUUGUUUCAUUACCUUAUCCCGUCCCCCAUUAUGACGUCAGGUAAUUGAUCAUUUCUUAUGACCGUGUUCGUUUACAGAGGCGAUUGUGCCGGUGACGCACGACCCCCCAAACUCGGGCGCGCACACCUACACGCGGGUGUGUGGUUGUCUGGUACGUAAGGGGCCGUCCACAAAUGACGUCACACACCUGGGGGGGGGGUCAGACAUUUGUGACGAUAUGUGACGAGGGGGGGGGUUGAGAAAUGUGACGU